GUCCCACAGCCAAGUCUACAUGCUCAUAGAACUUAUCUAUACCGAUCUAGGGGAUGAACAAUCCCUCCCAUCAUGGCCGACGACGAAUGGACAUACGUCGCGAAAUCGAAGAAAAGUCAAGCCCGCAAGCCCGCAAACUCGCACAAUCCACCGGCUCGAGAUCUCACCAUCGACUCGCUCACCACCGAGUUUGCCGCCAAAUCGAAAACAUGGAUGCAAUCGAGCUGCCGCAAAGCACUUUCCACACUCCUGGGUCGCGUUCGUCCAGACACAGGCUGGAACAUCAGACGCGCCGUGUGCCUUGGCUGCGGCAGCUUGAGUCGCGACAACGUGGAAUGCAGGAGGAGAAGUGUCUGGCAAAUGGUAGUAUUUAUGGGAAUCGUGAAAGAGCUUGGGAUUACAGAGAUGUAUGCGCAAGAGCCCGCGUUUACUGAGCUGGAUGAGAAGUUUCUCGGAACGCUUGAUGUGAAAGUGCUGGGAAUGACUACUGGAGAUGCUGCCCUCGGUCCUGCGAAAGAAAUUCUCGAGCCUGAAGCACUGCUUUUUGAGCCUUUUGUUGAUAUGAAUGCGGGAAUGGUGCAAGAGCUGCUUCAAACUGACGUCGCUCUGUACAUUGGAAGCUCGAUGAAGGGGCUGAUUGAGAGGGGAGCACGGGCGGAGGCCACAGCAGCAUCACGGAAAAUCUUGGCCAGCGACAUCGAGGCAGGAAUACUAGCGAAAAGGUUCUGCGAUGGGAGAGGUGUGUAUCGAUUCCCGAAUUUUGAAGUGGAUCCGAAUAUUUUCGACGGCAUGGGCAUCUAUUGGAAAGAGGAAAAAGACAGUGAUGAUGAUGAAGGUUGA